UAGUUCUUCGGCCAGUGACCGUCGAAGAAGAAACGGGGUCAUCGGUGCUGCUCCAUUCAAGUGCUUCGGUCAGUUCGAGUCAAGUUCACGGUAAAAGUGGUACAUCAAUGCGUGCGUUGCAUCUAACCAGAAAAUUAAAGUGUUUACGCGACAAAGAUGGAUAAGUUUCUGUACUGGGUUGCCCUUUGCGUUCUUCCGACGGUAUUUUGCGGAAAGUACGUACCCAAAUGGAAGAAGCAGGCCUGUGAAUUGCCUUCAUCCCAUAGCGAGUACUCCCAUUAUAUUUGCUCAGACGAUGGUGAGGUGAAAUGCUUGCCAGGGUGGAACGGUGACCUUUGCGAUGUUCCAAAAUGCCGCUCUGGAUGCGAUCCAAUGCAAGGGUACUGUAAUCGACCAGGAGAGUGUCUAUGUAAGUUGGGUUACUACGGGAACAAGUGCAACAAGUGCAUUCCCUUGCCUGGAUGCCAGCAUGGAUAUUGCAAUUCCAGUUUUGAGUGUAUCUGCCACGAAGGCUGGGAUGGACUCUUUUGCUCUGAACCAAUUUGUCGCCAAGACUGCCACCAAGCCAGAGGGUACUGCAACGAACCUGGAGACUGCAAAUGCAGGCUAGGAUGGUCGGGAAGAACCUGCAAAGACUGUCAAGUCCUGCCUGGGUGCGUUCAUGGAUACUGCGAAAAACCUUUAGAAUGCAAAUGCUAUCCAGGCUAUUCUGGAAUACUUUGCCAAACCCCCAUCUGUUCAAAGACCUGCCACAAAGAGAGAGGAUACUGCAGGAAACCGGGAGAGUGCAGGUGUAAGGUGGGGUGGUGGGGCAAGAACUGCGAAAAAUGCUUUCCAUACCCGGGAUGCGUGAAUGGAACCUGCAACAGGCCCUGGGAGUGCAACUGCCAGAAAGGCUGGGGAGGAAUGCUUUGCAACGAAGGUGAGGUGAACAAGGUUUGAACUCUAAGGAAGAAUUAGUAAGCGGACAUAACAUAUUCAACAUAAUCCCGUAUUAAUAACGACAAUAAUGGCCGCAGUACCGACGCU